GUCGCUGGUAAUUCCAGACAAGUUCCAACAUAUUCUUCGUAUUAUGAAUACGAAUAUUGAUGGCAAACGCAAAGUUAUGUUUGCGAUGACUGCUAUCAAGGGUGUUGGACGCAGAUACUCCAAUAUCGUAUUAAAGAAAGCCGAUAUUGAUCUUGACAAACGUGCUGGAGAAUGCACUGAAGAAGAGGUGGAAAAGAUUGUCACUAUCAUGUCUAACCCCAGGCAAUACAAAAUCCCUGACUGGUUCCUCAACAGGCAGAAGGAUAUUGUUGAUGGUAAAUACAGCCAGUUGACAUCUUCCAACUUAGAUUCUAAGCUCCGUGAGGACUUGGAAAGGCUGAAGAAGAUCCGUGCCCACAGAGGUAUGCGUCACUACUGGGGCCUGCGUGUGCGUGGUCAGCACACCAAGACUACCGGCAGGAGAGGAAGAACUGUUGGUGUAUCUAAGAAGAAGUAA